UGCCCCGAAGUUCCCUAGGAUUUGGAUCGGCUUCUUAGUCGAGUGGUUUCCGGAAUUUCCUGUUCCGUUCCAUGUGAGACCAGGAGCGGCCAAGAUGUCGGAGAAGAAAAGUUUACGGGGCAAGCGUCAGCAGACCUUGGAUCACUGCUUGAAGGAGCUGGGCACUGCCACUGCUCACCCAGAGCAGUUCCUUACUGUUCAAAAUGGAUUGGCUGUAAAUUUUACAUUUUUAACGAAAACACUUUAUGAUUUACAUAAAACAUUCAAGACUGAUGUCGUUCUUGGGAGCCCUUUAAAAGAACUGGUGAUAGAAGACUUUGAUGAUGAGCAGAUUUGGCAGCAACUGGAAUUGCAGAAUGAACCAGUUUUACAAUACUUUAAAAAAGCUGUUAAUGGAAGCAUUAAAGACAAGAAACUCUGUCUUCUUCCAGAGAGUGAAGAGGUUGACUCAGAGAUGGAUGUUGACAAUGAGGAAGAAAUAGAGCAGGAUUCAAACUUGAAGCAAAAGUCAGAUCUAGUUAAUGAUAGCCUUAAAGAAGAGAUUAAGAAAAAUAAAAAGUUAGAUAAAAUUGAUGUUCAGAAAAGUUCAGAUUUUAGUGAUGAAGAUUCUGACCUUAACUUUGAUAUUGAUAAAUUAGAACAACAAAACAAGUCAAAAGUGUUUAUUAAAUCAAAAGAGAAAUCCAUAGUAGAUGAUAAAUUUUUCAAGUUGUCUGAAAUGGAAUCCUUCUUGGAAGAUAUAGAAAAAGAGGAGAGAGAAAAAAAGAAAGAUGGUGAAGAAGAGGAAGUUGAUUAUUUUGAAGAAAUUGUGUCUGAUGAGGAUGGUGACCUAUUUGGAGACUCUCCAAAAAAGUCAGGUAAAAGUUCCAGAAACCUAAAGUACAAAGAUUUCUUUGACCCAAUUGAAAGUGAUGAUGAUGAACUGAGUCUGGAUGGGGAUGAAGAUGAAGUCAGUGAAGAAGACUAUGAAGGAAUUUCAGAAGACGAGGAAGAUAAUGAAAAUGUGAAAAAACAACUUGAAGAGAUGAGAAAAGAACUUGAAGAUAUGAAAAGAGUAACCUUUGACUUGCCUGAUGACAAAAAAACUGAAGACACAGAUAUUUCCAGGGAAAAGAAUAGUUCUGGUGAAGUAAAAUCCUCUUUUGAACAAAGACAGGAAAAGAUGGCAGAAAGAAUUAAAUCUUUAGAGAAAGAGUUGCUGGAACAGAAACCUUGGCAGCUUCAAGGGGAAGUGACAGGACAAAAGAGACCAGAAAACAGCCUUCUAGAGGAAACAUUACACUUUGACCAUGCAGUCAGGAUGGCACCUGUGAUUACUGAGGAAACCACUUUACAACUUGAGGAUAUCAUCAAACAAAGAAUAAGAGAUCAGGCUUGGGAUGAUGUAGUACGCAAAGAAAAACCAAAGGAGGAGGCAUUUGAAUAUAAGAAACGUUUAACAUUAGACCAUGAAAAGAGUAAAUUGAGCCUUGCAGAGAUUUAUGAGCAGGAAUACCUCAAACUUAAUCAGCAAAAGAAAGAAGAGGAAGAAAACCCAGAGCAUGUAGAAAUUCAGAAGAUGAUGGAUUUACUCUUUCAAAAAUUGGAUGCUCUUUCUGACUUUCAUUUUACACCUAAACCACCUGUUCCAGAGGUUAAAAUUGUCUCUAAUCUUCCUGCUAUCACUAUGGAGGAAGUAGCACCUGUACAUGUUAGUGAUGCAGCACUCCUAGCUCCAGAAGAAAUCAAGGAGAAAAAUAAAGCAGGUGACAUAAAAACAGAUGCAGAGAAAUCUGCUACAGACAAGAAACGAGAACGAAGAAAGAAGAAAUAUCAGAAGCGUAUGAAAUUAAGAGCAAAGGAAAAACGGCAACAACUGCUAGCAAAGACCAAGCCUGAGCAGGCUGAAAAAUUAAACAAAGCAGCAGCAUCUGCGCAAUUAAAGAAACUAACUAAAACGGGCAAAGCAUCUAUCCUAAAGGAUGAAGGUAAAGAUAAGGCCUUGAAGUCUUCUCAAGCGUUCUUUUCUCAAUUACAAGAUCAAGUGAAAAUGCAAAUCCAGGAUGCCAAGAAAACACAAAAGAAGCAGAAAAAGAAAAAAGAAAUUUCUGUGCAUAAACUCAAACUGUAACAUAUUUUAUCAUAAUGUAAAUAUUAAACUAAGUAAAUAUUGGUUUCAUCAUCCUUUUUUUUUUAAAGACAUUUUGGAUAAAUUUUUCUUUUCUUUAUAUUAAAUAUUUGUAGUUUCUAAGUUUUGAAGACUAAACCUGUAGAUGUGUGUGGAACAGAUAGAUGCUGAUCAAUUUAAUUCAUCUGUUAUGAGAAAAGGAGAGAGUGGGUGUAAACAAAUAAGAGAGAGAUUUUGCACAGAGAGCAGAGUGCAAAACAUUGCCGCAUGCCCAGGAACCAGAUGCUGUGUUCUAAAAAUGAGGAGACAUUAUAAAAAAGGACACAGAGGAGUCAAGAGACUUUUGGACUUCCUGUUGGGGGAAUAGUCUGAAGCUGACAACUUCCUCUGGCUUUGGGAUCUCUACAAGCUUAGGAGGGGGUUUUGAUUUCUAUCCCCUGGAAGCCAAAGCUUCAGAUCCUGCUGUCCUGUUCUCUGAUACAUCCUGCAUACCUGUGAUCCACUUGUGUUCCAAUGUCCUGAGAGAGUGUGACUUUAACUGCUGUGUAGAUUUCUGCUGGCCAGCCAGUAAACUGUCUGUGAGAAAGCCUGAAGCCAUCUUGGGUCUAACCUGAAGAGGGUUGAUCCCUGAAAUAAAGAGGUCAGCCUAACUACUCUGAAAGACUAUAUAAUUCUAACCAAAACAUUAUCUGGGAGGAUUAUUAGCUUCAGGUAGUUAGUUAGCUGGGAUUUUCUAGACAAGACAGUGUAGAGUAGGCAGCCAGAAGGCCAGAAGACUAGAAGACAACCCUUUUCAGGGUUCUUAAAAAGGGGGGUGGUUUAUCUAGAAACUCUUUAGAUGGGUAUCCUAUUCCCUAAUCCUCCCUUCCAGUUUACUUUGGUUUAAAAUAAACCCUGAACUGUUUUGUAUGCUGCCUAAGAGUUUAAGAAGCGUGCUGAGCCUGUGGAGGCCUCUGGGCCUUCUCACUAUGGGACACCCUCAAUCUUGGUAUCUUAUUGCUACAAAACAACCAUACAGACUAUCUACCUAUUUCACAUCAAAUAUUUAUUAAGUACCUACUAUGUAACAGGCACUGCUAAGCACUGGGCAUACAAUUAAUAAAAAGAAAGAUAGUCACUUCCCUCAAUAAGUUUAAAAUCUGAUGGGAAAGGGCAGACAACACAAAAAGAGACAGGAAAGCAGGGUUGAGGGCAAGUGGGGGUGGUGGUAGAGGGAGACACUAGGGUAACACUGACAAAGGUUUUCAAGUUCUCAUGCCCAAACUGCAACUUCAAGCUGCCUCUGAGCCCCCAUUACUCCAGAGAGCAGAGGGAGGAAGUGCUUGCUUUUGGCAUCUGGACAGAGGGGUAGGGCAUACCAAAAAUGUCUUCGGGGCAGGGAAGAGGGGAACGGAGUAGUUCCCCCUUGCCAGCAUGCCUGAACUUUGCCAAGGCUACCCUAGGUAUCUUGUUCUCUAAAGUUAAAAAUCAGCCAAAGCUACAUACACAAAGUAAAUUGAGUUGAGUCCAGUUUCUUCCCUCUAUAAAAGAAAGCUUUGAGAGAAGUUAGUCCUCUGCCCUCCAAUCAGAGGGGAGGAAGUAGAAGGUAGUGGUGCCAAUCAAAGCUAGAGUUGGCAGGAUGGUGGUGAGAUUAGAGGUGAUGAGGGAGGUACAAAAGUGAUGGCAUUUUGUAGAUGAAACUUUCAUUUUUAAUAAAAUAAAAAGUAGAAUUUUUUAAA